CUAGUCUUAAAUAGAUAAAACUAGACUGGACGCUAUCACGACAAAGGGUAGAAAUGGAUUAUUGAUGUUCAAUAAACACAACAAAAUCGGAGAAGAAACAAUGGGGUUAUUGGAUCGUUUAGCUAAUCUUCUAGGCCUAAGAAAGAAAGAAGUAAACGUUUUAGUAGUCGGCCUUAAUAACAGUGGUAAGUCGACGGUCAUAAAUAAUUUCAAACACGAGGAUGACCGUUGCAUAGACAUAGUGCCCACGGUUGGGUUUAAUGUCGAAAAAUUCUCAUUCAAAAAUGUUAAUUUUACCGCGUUUGAUAUGUCGGGUCAUGAUCGUCACAGAUCCUUAUGGGAACAUUAUUAUAAAGAAUGUCAUGGAAUUAUUUUUAUUAUUGACAGUAGCGAUAAACUGAGAUUAGUUGUCGUUAAAGAAGAAUUAGAUAUGCUACUCCAACAUCCUGACGUAGCAGGCCGUAAAAUACCAAUCCUUUUUUUGGCAAAUAAAAUGGAUCUACCGGACUCAUUAACAACUGUAAAAUUAGUCGCAGGUCUUGGAUUGGAAAAAAUCCAGAAUAAACCAUGGCAUAUACGAGCAACAAAUGCAGUUACUGGUGAAGGAUUACAACCGGCAAUAGAAUGGCUCACAGAUCAAAUUCGCGAUAUAUAUAUUAAUAAAAGACAAUAAUUAUGAAUGUAAUUAAUAUUCUUCAAUAACGUUUAAGAUUAUUUUAAAUAUUUUUAUUCAAAGUAUCGAUGAGAAGACGCAGUAAACAGCGUUCAUGUUUUAACAAUGUUAAAUUAUAAUAUUAUUUUAAUUACAACACGAAUCCGUCCAAAAGAUUAAAAUUAA